AUGCGCAACCUUUUCCAACUUCUCCCGCUGGUAAUCACCGCGGUCAUAGCUUGUCCCCUUCCCGGGCCUACUCUCCCGCAGCCAAAGGACUUAGUUCGGUCUUCGAUCCUCUCUACGGCCCUCAAGAACUUGACCGCCACCUUGGACUCUGCCGUAGCGGGCGACAUCGACCCGGGCUUCCAAGUGAACAUAACCUCGUUCUCCAUCGUCCUCAACGACGCCCACAACCAGCUGUGGGAGUACCACCACACAGCAGAGACGACCACCAACGGUACGCACUCGGUCAACGCCAGCUCGCAGUACCGCAUCGGAUCCGUCAGCAAGGUGUUCACGGACCUACUGCUGCUCCGGCUGAACCUUGACCUUGGAGACAAGAUUACGAAGUACCUUCCUGGACUCAACGAGGGCAAUGGAACCAUCGAGUGGGACCGUGUCACCUUGAGGGAUCUAGGAAGUCAUAUGUCCGGCGUGCAAGCCAACUACGGCUUCUUGGAGGAUUACGUGGCGGAAAAACAGUAUGAGCAGUUUGGAUUUGCGCCGCAGGACCCAGAUUCAUACUCCCUGUGUGGAGUGGCUGGGCUGCGACCAGAGCCGUGUACUGAGGAGUUGGUCGUUGAGGGUCUGUCGAACUCUCAUGCGAUAUUCCCUUUGCACUCGAAGCCGGCAUAUUCCAAUAUCGCCUUCGCACUGCUGGGAUAUGUGGUCCGUAACGUCACCGGCCUGUCGUUUGAAGACGCUAUGCGUAAACACCUGACAGCGCCCAUGGGGAUGAACCGCACCACAUUCAGUCCCAUUAGCGAGGGAGAUAUGGUGAUCCCUCCGAGCCCUGACGCUCUCUGGUCAACGGACCUUGGCGCAAACAAUCCCGGCGGAGGAGCCUACUCAACCGCCCACGACAUGGCCAUUCUCCUCCGCGCCAUCCUGUCCUCCGACUCCGACCUCCUGCCGCAGGCCACCAUCAACGAAUGGCUGCAACCUGUGACCUUCGGCUCGGAGAUCAACAGUGCCGUCGGCUUUCCAUGGGAGAUCACGCGGACCUCCAAGCUCUCUCCAAUCCGGAUCGUCGACCUCUACAACAAAGACGGCGCGCUACCCGGGUACAGUUCGAUCUUCUCACUGAUCCCAUCUUCGGACAUUGGUUUCGCCAUUUUUGUCGGCGAUGGCGACCUGGUGAGCAUGGCGCCCUACGUCCUGGCCGAGGCGCUGCUCGCGAGCGUCUUCCCCGCCGUCGACGAGGCUACGAGGCUGGAGGUCGUGGACACAGGUUACACUGGGAACUUCUCGGCCGGCAACAGCUCCAUCCAGCUCGUGAUGGGCGAGGGCGGUAACGGAUUGCUCGUCGAGAAAUGGCUGAGCAGGGGCGUCGACCUCUUGGCGCUCUCGAAUUCUCCUGGGAGCAACACGACUUUUAGGCUCUAUCCGUCGGAACUGGUGACUGUCGACGGGGAUACCGAGGAGGAGGUUUGGAGGGUGCUUUUUGAGACUCCGGGCCUGCCUAGGCCGGAGCUGGAAAGCGAGGGCGUUUUUGCCUCCGAUUGUGCCAGCUGGGGACAGCCCGGAAGGCUGCUGUAUAAUGGACAGCAGGCGGAUAGGUUGGUGGUCACGAAGAGGAACGGCACGGUGGAGUCUCUCGAGUUCCCCGUGCUGGGGGUGGUGAUGAAGAAGGAGUGA